GGGAUUGUUUUAUUGAUCGUCUGAUAUCUUAUCCAAAGAAAAUAACAAACUGUCUGAAAAUAAUCUUCUGUCUGAAGAUAUCGAUCUAUUUUCUGCACUAAUUGAGUGUUUUUCCUUGUCCGCAUCGACGGUUUAACCUGAAUAACUGAAUAAAACUAAUGGAACAAACAGCUCAUUCCGCUGGUGCGUCAUCUCCCUAGAAAAGCGGUGACUGGCGCCAUUGUGUGGAUUUAUUGGACAUUUACACGAAACGAGUUGUUAACUCUAACUUCUUAGGAUUUGAAUAAAUCAACAAAACUCGGAUGAAAAUCCUAACGUGACCAAUCAAAUCUAUCAAAUCUAUUGUUGAACAGACCGUUUUGAAAAGCUUUUUUUUUUUUUCAUGCCUUUAUGGUUUCGGAACAACUUGGUCAAUUGAGUAGCAUAGAUUACACCACUUUCUAUACCUGUUGCUCAACUUUGACAAAAAUAAGUGCUGAAGAUAUCAACUUGAAGGCCUUAAUUAACACUUAUUCAAGAUGAGUAGUUCAACAAAUAAACCCUUCAUGGUCGACAGUCCAUCUCGGGGCGCAGCGCAGCGAACAGAUCCACAUGUUAGAAGUCAUCCCUUUCCUGGACCGGGUUCCUGUGGGCAGGCCAAUAAAACGCAUUGUGAAAUUCUCCCCAGUCAUUCCGACUGGAGUGCUGGUCCAAGAAACGUCAAGUCAACGAAGAAAAUAACCAAACUUCACAACUGACAGGUGACAGAGGAUGUCCAGAGCUGACUGGUCCUUCCUGGAGCACCUGUUGGAGGAGGGGCAGGAGUAUAGCACCGGGGUGGGCCGCGUCUGGCUAACUGUCCUCUUCCUGUUCCGCAUGUUAGUCCUGGGCACUGCCGCAGAGUCAGCCUGGGACGACGAACAGGUCGACUUCGUCUGUAAUACCAAUCAACCUGGAUGUACCGCGGUGUGUUACGACAAAGCGUUCCCCAUAUCACAUUACCGCUAUUUUGUCCUCCAGGUGAUUUUUGUUUCCACGCCGACCAUUUUCUAUUUUGGGUAUGUGGCCUUCAGGGCUGCGAAGGAGAAGAAAGAGGAGGAAGGUGAGGAGAAUAAGAGGUCGGAGGAGGAGGGUGGCGGUGGUGGUGAGAGACGAGAGAGGGGAGGAGUAAAGAAGAACGGAGAGAAGAAGAGGGAGGUGAGAAAGGGGGAUGAGAUAGAAGAACUAGAGGAGGAGAAAAGAGGGAGGAAGGAGGUGACAGCUCUCCCGGAGGUUCCUAAGCUAAAGGGCCGUCUCCUCUGCGCCUACGCCGCCAGCAUCCUCCUCAAGGUCCUCCUGGAGGUGGGCUUCAUCGUGGGGCUGUGGUGCCUCUACGGCUUCGUGAUCCCGGCCCGGUUCGAGUGCGUCCGGGACCCCUGUCCUCACACGGUGGACUGCUUCGUCUCCAGACCCACGGAAAAGACCAUCUUCACCAUCUACACCCAGGCCAUCGCUGGAGUCUCUCUACUUCUCAACCUAGCAGAGCUCCUCCACCUCCUCCAGCUUGCCGUCACCCAUCACCUGGAGAAGCGCUAUGCCCAGGAGCAGUACACCUUUCCUGGCAUAGCUGGGGUCCGAUUCCAGCCUGGGGCUUCAGGGCUGGAGAUGGAGAUGCAGCAAGCUUCGCCUUACCAGGAGAAGGGACAUCUGCAUUUACCCAUGAGGGAGGCCAGCUACGCCAAGCCCAGUGAGAGUUACCUGGACCUGGUGUCGGGAGCAGGGAUGGACCAUGAUGGUGACUUGCUCCCCAGUUAUCUGAACUAUAUGGGGGCUAUGAGGACAACACACUCUUCAGGGAGAGCAACACGACACACAACACACACACACAGCAACAAACACAGUAAAGGUGCCCAGAAGGGACACAGCAACAAACACACAACGCAUUACGUAUGAGGAAAACAGAGACGUUUGGUUCUGUGACGAGGAAAACAGAGACGUUUGGUUCUGUGACGAGGAAAACAGAGACGUUUGGUUCUGUGACGAGGAAAACAGAGACGUUUGGUUCUGUGACGAGGAAAACAGAGACGUUUGGUUCUGUGACGAGGAAAACAGAGACGUUUGGUUCUGUGACGAGGAAAACAGAGACGUUUGGUUCUGUGACGAGGAAAACAGAGACGUUUGGUUCUGUGACGAGGAAAACAGAGACGUUUGGUUCUGUGACGAGGAAAACAGAGACGUUUGGUUCUGUGACGAGGAAAACAGAGACGUUUGGUUCUGUGACGAGGAAAACAGAGACGUUUGGUUCUGUGACGAGGAAAACAGAGACGUUUGGUUCUGUGACGAGGAAUGAGCCAUGUGCCAUUAAAGACGAAGACAGGUGCUUUAUGGGUGGGUUAAACUUUGAAGUACGUUUCCAAGAACAUGGACAAGAGUAAGAACAAAUGAUUGUACUGUGUAUAACACAUGCCUUGAAGGACAAUGUAGUAGAGAUGUAUUAGAUGUUGCUGAUUAGAAUGGGAAUUUACGAAAGUCCUCAGGAACAAGGUUUAAACAAAGAACAUUGAGAAUGGAACACUAAGAAGGGAAAAGGAGGACAAUCGGAACAGGAACAGGAUGCUGUAUAAUUCAGCCAUUUUGAUUUUUUUAGGAAACCUUCUAUUCCAAUGGGAAUGGGAUAAGCCUAUGCGCUGGCUGAAUGUGAUGUGACAAUGGAAAAACUUGGCUUGACCUCCACAGGGAAAACAGCCUACAGGCACCAACAGUGCAGUGGGGUCUUGUGAGAAAGAGUAGGGGUAAAUAUAUAUUACUACGUCCCAAAUGGAACCAUAUUCCCUACAUAGUGCACUACUUUUGACCGGGGCUUUAUGGGCCCUAUAGGCUACCAUUUGGGGCGUAGCCUAUGCGUUGUUAAGCAUGUUCCCUAACUGAUUACUGUGACCUCAGAGCUCCGCUAAGGCCAGUGGAAUGUACUGGGCUCUCUGGACUACCCUCCCUCCCUGGGGACUAAUGGUCAAACACACACAUAGGCACGCAAACUCUCUCUCUCACACACACACACACACACACACACACACACACACACACACACACACACACGCACACGCCUGUCCCCUAUGUAGCUGUCCAGCUGUGGCUUGGAGUCACAAGAGGGGUGAGGAAGGGAGAGCCAGAGGGAGGAGCAAGAGGAGGGAAGAAGGGGAGCUAGAG